CUUGCCUAUACCUCUAUACAAGCAUAGCUGUAGCGCGACCUUGGUCCAGACACAUCACCACAACACGCUUCGGAAGAUGGACCGGCAGAACAGAAUCUGCCUACCCUUGUCUCCAUCGGGAUCCUCUACCUCGUCAGACACCGACAGUCCCAUGAUGAAUAGAACAAAACACAAACAAGUCAACGGCACGAGCAAGCCAAAUGGCCGGGUCAGUGUCGACAGUGAUGAAGACGACGAGCCCUGCAACCCUGGAAUGAAGAGUGGCUUGAAACACUUCUAUUCUGGAAAAGAGGAUAAGAAAGGGCGCUUCCAGUGGCAGGAGGAGAUACCCGAGGAUGUGGGCGACCCAGCCGAAAACGAGAAGACCGCAAAAUGGGCACUGCUGGUGCGAAACGUCAAGGUGUAUAAUGACCCCCGCCGUGUACUGUCUAUCCAUUCCAUCGUCGUGCAGAGCCCGCUUCUCAAAAAGCUCCUCGCCGGCGUAUUGAAGAACUACCCUGGAGUGACCAUUGGUCUGAAUCGUCUGGAGUUUUCUGGGAAAUUCGAGCCUCUGAUUCAUCGAUGGUCGGAGUUGCAAGAUGCUAUUGCCAAGCUCAGCGAUGCAACAGAAGAAAAGCGCACAACCAAGGUACAUGCAGAGCUGCUCCAGAGCGUCCUGACAAAGGAGUUCAAGAACAUGAUCGAUACCUCACAAGAUAUGAAGAGUAAGCGCGUCAUGACCUACGAGCAUCUCUGGACGCUUUUCCAACCGGGGUCGACCGUAUUCGCGCGACAAGACGGCCAAGAAACAGCAAUGGCUUUGGUGGAGACGGGCUAUGGUCAGGAUGCCAACGGCGUACCCUGCUUCUGGUUGACGUGCAAGCAAGUUGACUGGGAUGGAGCAAAAUUCGGGACUAACAAGACUAAUCUGAAAAUCACCACGUACAGUGGAACCCGCGCUAUCACUUCGCUGCGUGUUUAUCCCCUCGAAUUCCAUGCCGAGUGCGAUAGUGUUCGCGCUCGCCUCAUCGAGCGCGGAGCCAAUGUUGAAGCUCUGGCUGGUGCAAACUAUCGAGCUUACCAGGGUGUCGCAUGGAGGAAAGGUCAGUUAGGAACGAGGGACAAGUACAACAUCAAGGGUCGCAUCGUCAUCGAUACGUACGGUUGGAAUCGCUUUAACCCAUCGCAAUCGAUUUCUGUCGCUCUCUUCACACAAAAGGAAUCAACCCAGCAUGUAUCUCGGUCAGAUGCAGACGCAUACGACUCUGACGGCGACCAAGAAGAGGAAGAGGAUCAAUUCGAAAUGGACGAGGAAGACGACAGUGGAAUGCCCAUUGAUGGUGCUUUUGCGGACGAAGAAGAAUUGACCAAGCAGGCACCUCUGACUUCGGAGCAGAAGCUUAUUUGUUCACCCCUCCUCCGUGGGUACAGUCUCAAGAACAAACUUUGGUUGAACUUUUUUGUCAACUGCGUCAAGGAUAUCGAAUGGCAGACUGAUGCGUUCGACCGGCUGGUUCUACCCAAAAACCAAAAGGAAUUGAUUCUGGGCUUCACUGAGUCACAGCGCAAGUUCCGCGAUACAUUCGAUGACGUUAUCGAAGGCAAGGGCAAGGGCAUGAUUGUGUUACUCUGCGGUCCGCCAGGUGUUGGAAAGACUCUCACCAGCGAGUCGGUUGCAGAAGAGAUGAAGGUUCCGCUCUACAUGAUGGGCGCAGGAGAUCUUGGCUUUGAUCCCAGAAGGUUGGAGAGCAAUCUGCAAGACAUUCUUGAAAUGUGCAGCCGAUGGAACGCCGUUCUCUUGCUCGACGAAGCAGACGUCUUCCUGGAGCAGCGCUCACUUCACGAACUCGAGCGCAAUAAGCUCGUGUCCAUCUUCCUUCGCGUCUUGGAAUAUUACGAAGGUACCAUGUUCCUCACCACCAACCGUGUUGAGACGUUCGAUCCAGCUUUCCAGUCGCGUAUCCACAUUUCUCUCGACUAUCCUGGUCUCACGGUUGAGUCACGUAAGACUGUGUGGAAAAACUUCCUGGAUUCGUCCACGCAGGAACAUGCCAUCACCAAGGCCCAGCUGAAGGAGCUUGCACGCAUGGACCUCAAUGGUCGCCAGAUUAAGAACAUUCUCAAGAUAGCCAGGCUGCUCGCGAGUCGCAAGGGAGAAAAGCUGGACUACGACCACAUCAUCACUACAAUGGACGUGACCCAACAUCUCCACAACGAGACUCAGUUCAGUGAGCGGACCAAGGGUACUUUGUACGGAUAGAGCACGCAAUGACGCUUUUUUCACAUUCAUGGAUCUACCAUAACGUCUGGUUUGGGCUAGAAUAACGGGUUGAGCGGAUUUCAUACAUCUUCUGGCGUCUGGAUACGGAUAGGAGUCAUGUGUUUUUUCUUUCAGAAGUCAGUAUGAGACCACCAUGUCCCACACUGACAUCUACAGCGUAUUUAGAAUAACGAAUGGCAUAUAAUAGCUCACCACGAUGCAAAGUGGUGGUUUGGC